UUAUUUCUUUUCUCUCCAUAUUCGUUCUAAACUUCUUCAUGGUAUCAUAGCGCUAAUUUUUGCGCAAAUUCUCUGUUUGUUUUGACAAUGGAGAGAUCAGAUUUGAGUGUUGUUCCCGUUGUAUUCAACGGUGAAAAUUACUUUUAUUGGUCUAAGGCUGCCAAAACCGUGUUAUCUAGUCGCGGUUUGUGGAGUCAUAUUGAUGAAGGAGACGUUGUCACCAACAAAGGGAAAUCUCCGGAAACUGAAAACUCAAGUCAAGAGAAUGACAAAUGGUACCAAGAAGAUCAGAAGGUGCUGGCAAUUCUGCAAAGUUCUCUUGACCAGCAGAUUCUACGAUCUUUCAUCCUUGCUAAUUCCGCCAAAGCUUUGUGGAAUAAUCUGAAGGAAGUAUACGAGGAGCUUCGUCCUCUUACAACUGACCUCAAGGUUCUCACGGAAAGAAUGGAGCAAGACAAGGGAAGAAUUAAGUUUCCAUGCUUCGUCCUCUUCCUUUGUUGUUUUCAUGCUUCCUUGCUCCUCAAGUCUUCUCGUGUCAUGCUUGUUACUCUUUUGCUCUUCAACAGCAACACCAUCGGAGCUGAAUUGGAAGCUUGCUUCGGAAUGGACAAAGCGGGAGAAUUCACCAACCCAAUUGGACCAAUGACAAGAGAACGAGCCAAGAAGCUACAAGUUGUGCCAAAUUGCCUUAUUCUUGAAUGUUUGGGUCAAGAAUACAUGGAAAAAUGCAUGGGCUUGGAUCAACCACAAGUUCAGCCCAUUAUCUACUUGAUUUUAUUCUUGGAAGGCCCAUAAAUCAAGCCCAAAAGUCAAGCCCAAGAGGGAGGACGAAAUUUGACAUUAAAUCUGGUCAAGGUGACUUUCCACUUCAUUCUUGAAGACCACAAAGUCAAUAAUGACUUUCUUGAAGACUACAUAUUCAAACCUCUUUGUUUGUGUUUAUUUAUGUUUAUUUACUAAGUUUUAUGUAUUG